UCGAUAUAACUCCAGUUCCCUGUAGGGCUGCCCCCCCCGGACUAAUUUAUUUAGUCGACUUAUCAAGAUUUCUUUACUUGAUUAGUUUUAUGUUUUUUCUUAUUUACAAGAAACCUUUCAUUCUUUUCGCUGUCUAAAAUCCGUCUGUUUCUAUAAACUCAUCUGCUGCAGUAAACCACUGACUGUGGAGGAGAAGUAUUAUCAUGUCUUCUUCUUGUUGUCAUGAGCAUCAUGUUUUCUUGUGCCACCCGUCAUGUGCCUCUGUAUUACAGAUGCAGGUCCCUGAGGGAAGGCCUCCCGUCAUCAAGAAAUGUCUUUUCCCUCUGUUUAGCCCAAAGAGUAACAUAAAGCAUAGCUCCUCUGUGAGAGUCCUCCCUGUAGUCUCCUCUCCCAUGGUUCCCAGUGAGGCUGUGGACACGAUCAUCCAGAAGUCCUCCAGGUCCUCCGGUCACCAGAGCAGCCGCCACAGGACCCGGGACAAGAGCAGAGACCGGGACCAAGACCGGGACAAGGACUGGCCUCCUGAGAAACUGUCCGAUUCACACACACCUAGUCAGCCACUGAAGUCUCUGCGCAAACUCUUGCACCUUUCGUCCUCGUCCUCCAACCAGACGUCGCAGUCCGACAUGCGCUACCAGCCGCUGCCUAACCCGGCCUCCGCUCAGGGCGGCUUCCCAGAGGGCCGGGGUCACUCGGGGGUCAGCACGCCCCAGCUGAAGAGCCGACAGGCGGCCUACCCGCUGCCCGGGCAGCUGGAGUCCGGCUGGCACUCGUCGGCCCUGGGCCGCCCCGAGGGAAACCCCUACCCGGAGCAGAUGGGCAUCAAGGGGGGCCAGAACGGGCACGGCUUCGGACGCCCCUCCAGGUCUCGUAUGCCAAACCUCAACGACCUGAAAGAGACGGCUCUGUGAUCUCCUGCAACGCCCCGCGGCUCGGCUCAAACUCCUCCGUGUUUCCCCUCCGUUGCUCCUACACGUCCAUUGCGUAACAGUACACCUGCUGACUACACACACACACACAGACACACACACACACACAGACACACACACACACACACAUGAACACACAUGAACACAC